AUGUCUGGCCAUGAUCCAAAAGAUGUCAGCUCCAAGGGCAGCCAUCAAGGAUGUUUUCGAGCUAUCAAAAACGCGCGGGCCCGCAACAGAGCACUAACAAUCCCUGGCGUGCCAUCUCCGCCUGUUCCUCUUGUUGAUCCACAGCCUCAAGUCCCAUUGCUUGAUUUUCAAGGUUUGCCUGGAGGAGAUCAGUUCCCUGACUAUCAUCCGAACAAUGGCGCAUCCACUGUCAACCCGCAAAUACCUGCUCAUCACUAUGUUGAUGGAACUCUCAUCAACCAUGAUCAAGUACCUCAAUGGCCCUUCGAUAGCAAUCAACAUCAGGCUCAAGAUCCAUCCUAUACUUUCGGGCAACAGCAGACUCAAAUCCAGAGCAACUAUCCAAGUAAUAUAGACCAUGGCAUCGCUCAACAACCAUUCAUUGAUCUUCCAUUUCCAGUUCCUCCGAUCGAUUUGGAUCACCUAUUUCCAUUGCCUGUUUAUGCCACACAUAGUAACGGACACGAUAUUAGCCAGCAAAUACCUGCUCAAUUCCAACAUGGAGAAGCUCCUGUUCAUUGCGGUCAACAACCUCAAAUGCCCGUCAAUCAGAACAACUUCAAUGGUGUCAACAAUAACCAACAAGCAUACAUUGAUUUUCCAUUUCAAAUUGCUCCGAUCGAUUUUGAACAAUUCUUUCCGACGCCUUUUGAUGAUAACGGACACAAUAUUAGCCAGCAAAUACCUGCUCAAUCCCAACUUGGAGAAGCUCCUGCUUAUUGCGGUCAACAACGUCAAACGCCCGUCAAUCAGACCAAAUUCAAUGGUGUCAACAACAACCAACAAGCAUACCAAGGAAUGGAUACCACCGCCGUAUCAUCAUUCGCUAAUCUAUCGGCGCAAGAACAGGUCGCCGAAUUUCAACACUUUGUUCAACAACGUCUCGCCCUUGGAGAUACGCAAAUGGUGCAGUUCGAAAUAUUUAAGGCCUGGUAUAUAGGCAGGCAGUUCAAUGGAAUCAUCACACCGACACUUGCAUAUGGAGUUACUCCUCUCCAUCCAGCUCUUAACUUUAAUAACAAUGUACCAAUUCAACAGCCCAUGAUGCCGCUGAAUAAUCAAGAAUACAUGCAACCGCCUACCAUGAUCUAUCAGAAUACGGGGAAGAAUUAA